GCACCCAUGCCACUAGAGCUAAAUAAAUAAUAACAAUUUGUGUUUGUUCUGUCAGAUGGUUAUUCCAAAAUAUUGGAUAAAGAUGCGCGUGUCCGCAACAUGGCACCUGUCCUGUGUACUACUGAUCGUCCUUCACUUUCACGUAUCUGAACAAUCCACUACGGCCGCCAUCACCGAGCGGUCGAAUGAGAUUCCAACUCCAAACCCUUCAACAUCGAACGCGACUAAUCGGACCAGUACAAAAAAACCGAUUGACAACAACGACACGGAACUAGGAACAUCGAUAGAUUCUUUGCACAACAACCAUACAAACUUCUCCUCAACGACAACCAAGAAACCGGACACUGGUCAUCAUUCGUCAACCUUUGAACUCGUGAAAGUUCACUGGGAGCAAGUGAAGUCUCCUCUGGUUUUCACAAUCGUCGUCAUCGUCGCCAGCCUCAGCAAGAUCGCGUUCCAUUACUCGCACUUCCUGUCAUCUAAAGUCCCCGAGUCCUGUGUACUCAUUGUAAUUGGCAUCAUAUUCGGUGUCAUUCUAAGGUUUUCAAACACCUCAGACAAGAUAACGCUGUAUACGCCGCACGAGUUCUUCUUGUAUUUAAUUCCACCAAUUAUAUUGGAGUCAGCGUUCAGUCUGUAUGAUCGAACUUUUGUCGACAACAUAGGCGGAGUCUUGCUGUUUGCCGUUUGGGGGACGAUUCUGAAUUGCUUCCUCAUUGGCCUUACGCUAUGGGGUCUUUUCCGGGCAGGCGCUAUGGAGGACAUAGACUUCACGUUCGUUCAGGUUCUCGUGUUCAGCGCUUUGAUUGUUGCCGUCGACCCUGUGGCGGUGCUUGCAGUAUUCCAGGAGGUAGGAGUGAACAAUACACUCUAUUUCCUCGUCUUUGGCGAGUCCUUGUUGAACGACGGUGUGACGGUAGUGAUGUAUAACGUGAUGCAGGUCUUUAACGGUUUCGAAACUGUGACGGUUGGUCAUUGUUUUCUGGGCGUGGCCAAGUUCUGCAUCGUCUGUGUGGUGGCAACUCUUAUUGGUAUCGUCUGCGGACUGAUUGCCUCGUUCUUAACAAAGUUCACUAACUCUGUCAAAGUUGUUGAACCAAUGAUUGUGUUUGGUUUCGCCUACGUAUCGUACUUGCUUUCCGAAAUGUUCCAAUUCUCUGGAAUCGUCAGUAUAAUUGCGUGCGGUCUAGUCUUAGUACAUUAUUCGUUCCACAACGUGACAAGAAAGUCUAAAUUGGCGAUUAAAUUCAUCUCAAAAGUCAUGGCGAAUGCGUGCGAGAUAAUUAUCUUCAUGUUUAUCGGUUUGGUCACUGUUGAUCAGACACAUGACUGGAAAACAGGGUUCAUUUUAUGGACCACAUUUUUGUGUAUCGUGUACAGAUUCUUAGUUACCUACUUCUUAUCGUAUCUCGUCAAUCGCUAUGCAUCAAGUCGGGUCCGAAAAAUUAGUUACAUGGAGAUGUUUAUGAUAAGCUACGGCGGACUGCGUGGGGCCAUUUGUUUUUCUCUAGCCGCUUUAAUCGAUGAGACCGCGAUUCCGGCCAAAAAUUUGUUCGUUACAACUACGUUGUUUGUGAUAUUUUUCACAGUGUUCGUUCAGGGCGGAACCAUCAAAUGGCUCACGAAAAAGCUUCGCAUCACCCUUGCAGAGACCAGUAAAGAAAUGUGCAUCAACGAGGAAUUGUCUAAUCAUAUGUUCGAUCACAUGUGCGCGGCUAUUGAGGAGAUUGUGGGAUACACUACCGGUCAACAUCAUAUAAAGGAAAAGAUAUACCGAAUAGACGAUACCAUUAUACGACCAAGGAUGCUGAGGAACGCGACCUCCACAGGCCUGGAUGAUAUAUCUACUUAUUACGAGAAGCUGGUCAUGAAAGAACACUAUAAGAAUCUGCAGUUGAGUGGAGCAAAACUACCGCGAGUGAAAACAGAAAUUCGCCAUCUUGACAGCGAGCUCGCUCUGGACCAGAUGGUACAAGACUCCUCUGAGAGGGGGUCCACUGAAGAUAUACGCGAGAUAGACGAACGAAGAGAACAAGCGAUGCAAGAGGAACACAGACGGCACGGGGGCAACCACUUCGAAUUCUUUUCAUCGACGCGUAAUUCCAAUCGAAAACGGCUAUAUCUCGAUGUGCGCGAUAAAAACCUCACGGCGUCAGAGGGCAACCGCUCCAAUAUGUACAGCCUCCUGCGCAAGAAGCACACAAAGAACAGGGCGUUGCGCGAUAUGCGCCGGAAAAGCUUGUCGGAAGAAUCUCAGCCGUCGACGGCGCUUCCAAUGAGCCUCUCCUUCAAUAUCGACGGCAGCAGGGCAUUUGAAGAGAGGAUACCAAGUCAUGUGAAAUUCAAAGUAGAGGACACUGUUACGGAGGAAGAUGAAACAAAGGAAGAUAAUGACUAUGAGCCCAACGGCAAAGUGACGUUUGAGCUUUAAAUAGUAAACAUGACAUUUUGAGCUUUAAGUUUGAACCAUUAUAGCGACAUUUGAGCUAUAAAAGGUUAAAGUGAUAUUUGAGCUAUGAAAGGUAAGUGACAUUUGAGCUAUAAAUUGUAAAAGUGGCAUUUGAGCUUUACAAUGGCAAAGUGGCUUUUGGGAUAUGAAUAGUACAAAUGGCAUUUGAGAAUAUAAAUAGAAAAAGUUACCUUUGAGCUAUAAAUUGUUCAAGUUACAUUUAAGAUACAGCGAGUAACACUACGUUGUUAUUUUUGUGGGGACAAAGUUGAGGACUUGUGUAUGUAACAUAUGAUGUCCAAUAACAGUAAAAGUGUGUUCGAAACGAUGGAGCUAGAAAUAAAGAAAGGGUUUACUACUUUGUUAACACUCUAUAAGAAAUAUACAGUGAAUUAUAGUUAAAACUGCG